UGGUUUUGGAUCACUGCGCAACAUCACAAGAGAACGUGUCCUAGUUGGUGGUAGUACUAACCAGCAGCUUUUUACGCACACCCUGCUCCAGUGAAGGCAGCAGCAGCAGCAGCAGCUCAGAUCAGAUUUCACAUUCAGCACCGACCAGCUGAGAGAGAGAGAGACUCAGCCACAGAGCAGGAGGGCGCGUUUCUCCGCUUUCCCCUCAUCCGAUCCCCGCGCUCUCUGCUCGGCGAGCGCCACCAGAGCCGUCUGCGAGGAACCGACGGGUGCGCAGCGCAAAUAUUAAAAACACUCAGCUCCGGGAUAUUUUUUAUCCCCUACCUCCCUUUUUUUUCUUCUUUUUUAUGAAUUUUUGCAGGAUUUCAGCAGCGAGAGCGCCACACAGAAUUAGAUAAGAAGGGGGAAGAAGAGAUGGACGAGCAGCCGAGGUUGAUGCACUCUCACACCGGGGUGGGCAUGGCAGGACACCCCGGCCUGCCGCAACACAUGCAGGAGAGCACCGGAGGGACGGACGGCGACGGCAGGAAACAGGACAUUGGAGACAUUUUACAGCAAAUCAUGACCAUCACAGAUCAGAGUCUGGAUGAAGCGCAAGCCAGGAAACACGCUCUCAACUGUCACAGAAUGAAGCCAGCUCUUUUCAAUGUCUUGUGUGAAAUCAAAGAGAAAACAGUGCUCAGUAUCCGUGGCGCCCAGGAGGAGGAGCCCCCAGAUCCCCAACUCAUGCGGCUGGACAACAUGCUGCUGGCUGAGGGCGUAUCUGGUCCGGAGAAAGGCGGGGGCUCAGCGGCGGCGGCAGCUGCAGCGGCGGCCUCGGGAGCCGCAGGGGCGGACAACUCUGCGGAGCACUCCGACUACAGGGCCAAGCUUACCCAGAUCAGACAGAUCUACCACACAGAGCUGGAGAAGUAUGAACAGGCAUGUAACGAGUUCACCACUCAUGUGAUGAACCUGUUGAGGGAGCAGUCACGCACGCGGCCAAUCUCGCCCAAAGAGAUCGAGCGCAUGGUGAACAUCAUCCAUCGCAAGUUCAGCUCCAUCCAGAUGCAGCUCAAACAGAGCACCUGCGAGGCUGUCAUGAUCCUGCGCUCCCGCUUCCUCGAUGCCAGACGAAAAAGACGAAACUUCAACAAGCAGGCGACAGAGAUCCUGAACGAGUAUUUCUACUCACACCUCAGUAACCCUUACCCCAGCGAGGAGGCUAAAGAGGAGCUGGCAAAGAAGUGCGCCAUCACAGUGGCCCAGGUUUCCAACUGGUUUGGGAAUAAAAGAAUCAGAUACAAGAAAAACAUUGGUAAGUUCCAAGAGGAAGCCAACAUGUACGCUGCGAGAACUGCCGUGAAUGCGGCUAAUGCAUCCUCACAUGGAAGCCAAGCAAAUUCACCCUCAACUCCAAACUCUGCAGGUUCUGCUGGCUCUUUUAACAUGUCAAACUCCGGGGACUUGUUCAUGAGCGUGCAGUCUCUCAAUGGGGACUCGUACCAGGGGGCUCAGGUGGGAGCCAACGUGCAGUCACAGGUGGAUACCCUUCGCCAUGUUAUCAGUCAGACAGGCGGAUACAGUGAAGGACUCACAGCCAACCAGAUGUACAGUCCGCAGGGCAUCAAUGCAAACGGUGGCUGGCAGGAUGCUCCGACCCCCUCGUCAGUGACUUCACCUACAGAAGGACCCGGAAGCGUUCACUCUGACACCUCCAACUGAUCCUCCACCCCCCUCCUCACUCCUCCGUACUCUGCUUCCCUCCUUCAUCCACCACCGGACCCUGCCCCCUUCAGCCAUAUCUCCUGAAACGUAACCCCAUGACCCUGCCGGGAUUGAUCGUGAUGUGCUGUAUGUAGUCACACUGCAGGACACAUUCUAGGGUCUGGGACGAGUAUUUUUUUUCCACCGUUACGGACAAAAACGUUUCACUAUUCCCCCGUUUGGACCACAGCCGCACUGUCAGCAGCCUGCGUAGAGGACUCGCAUCCACACUCGCAGUUUGUACAGUUUCCACUUGAUGUCCAUGUUGCCUCAUUGUAUUUCUCUUACAUUAUAUAUUCACAUAUUAGGCACAGUUAGCAGCAUAUUUGCCCCACAUUGUGUAAAUCUUUCACACUACCUCUAUUCGAAAAAUAACAGGCAAACGACAUUUCGGUUUUUACAAAUUUUCAUAACGAUUAGAAUCGUACUGUACACCACACCAUGCCCUGUCAUUACACCUCUGUCUUUAUUUGUACCCACAGAUUUGUUUUAGUUUAUCUACAGUGCCAAAGUUCAACCCUGGAGGUGAAUUUUGAUAUGUUUUUUAUCUCAUGACCAUACAUUUUUCAUGCCACACUUUGUGAGGCAUUAAUAUCUUAGUCCAGUUAAUAUUAGGCAGCCUCAGUCUAUAGAGUUUGUUUUCAGAGCUUCUACAGCAGACUGUCAUAUGAGGCUUUUUAUAUUUCACUGCCGGAGCAGAAGGUUUUCUGCUCACAUGCAGUACGAACAGAAAGCAGUCGCAGUUUUUACACAACCGAUUAACCAACUGAGUUGUUGCUCUGUCACACACGUCGACUGCGUCAACAAAGAAAAAUUGACCUGAAACACUAAAAUCGAUGACAGCAUUAGCAGCAAUUAUGGCACGCCAAUAUGUAUUAAAGCACAAUAACACCAAGGGAUUGAACAUGUACAUGUCAAAGAAGAAACAGCGGAUAGAAGUAGUAGUUAUAUAUGGAAGCAGCAGAGAGUAGAUACAGAAGAUUAUCAGUCAGUGUGCAUCAGUGUAGCCAAAUACUGCUGGUAACCAAACCCAAAACUAAAAAACUGUAAUUCUGAUUUUAAGGUGUCAUGUAAUUGAUCAUUGUUGCACGUCUCACUUAACACAACAUUUUUCAUUUAUGGCACAAAAACGUUUGUCUCUCAAUCCUGAGAGACGUGACAGGACAUUGGAACACAGGAUUGAUUUUUUUUUUUUUGCUCAAAUACAUUUUUCUCUUCAGGGUAAUAAUUUUUUCAACAAAAUAUACGUCAUAUACAAACAAUAAGAAACUCUAAGUCCCUCAUCACAUAUUAGAAAGAAGUCAGAAAUAUACUGUGCUCAUGAACAACGUGAGGUCAGCCGUCCUUUGAGAGCACGAGAGAGAACGUUUGAUAUAAAAUGACACGUCUUGAUUUGUUUAAAAAUAACAUUCAUCAACACCAACCAAUCCAAAAUGUGAAGUUAGAUGUGUGACUUUUGUUGUAUGUACAGUAUAGUAUGUGGUCUAACAUGUAUUCAUGAAUACAAUAGUCCUCAUGAGAUAUCAGCAUUUACACACUUUGAUACCAAAAAAAAAAAGGCAGAAUUUGUAUCCUCUUACAUUGGGAUCAGCUUUAUCGACAUUUUCUUUUUCCUCUUUUCAUAGGAUUUUAUUAUCUAAGGUACAAGUGAGCAGCUCAUAAUGCUCUCGUACUCAAAGCCAAAAAAAUGCAGUUGGAAUACAUUAGUGUUUAUAUAAAUGAAAUGGAAAAAUACCCUGAUGGCACACAAAUCCAGAUGAUGUUUGGAUAUAUUUUUAUGUCUCCAUUUUGUGAAUAACUCAUCAUGUUCUUGUUUUCAUAUUACUUUGUUGCUUUGCUACAGGACUAUGUUUCUUUUUUUCUGCUACCAUUGUUUGUGAAUUAGGUCAAGAAUGCUCUAUAUACAGUAUGUAGAUAUGCACCUUUGCUCUUCUUUUUUUCUUACAUCUUUCAAUUUGGACAGUAGCCAUUUUGCCCGUCUCCAAGAUAGCUGCUGUCCAAAUGAAGGUGACGUGAAAAGUUAGUGUUAACAUCGCCCUCUGGCACUGUUUUUAGCUCAGCUGAACCCUCACACAAAACAAGAUUCAGUCCCGAGAGCCCAACCCGUCUCAAAACAGCCCGGAAACCACAGGAGUUUGUUUUUAUUUUUAGCAGUUGUCAGUGUGUUUGUAUUUAUUACACGUGUAUGAAAUCAAGGAUGUUUUCGGAGCCAGAGUGUGGAAGUCGACCACAGCGUGAUCACACCAAACAGACUCAUUGGGAUCAUUCAGAGCGGCUCCUCCUCAGCUCACCUGCUCAGUAUUACAGUCGAGGGGCCGAGCACCAUCCAAGUGAUGCACAGACCCUGCCUCAGUCGUGUCUUCUCAAGUCAUUGGAGUGAAUUGACAGCAGCGGCCAUGCAAGGCAAACACAAGGGUUGUUUUUGCACCCCCUCAGAAAGAAAAGGCUUAACUCUGCUUUUCACAUUGCCUGUCAAAUAUUAUCGAAGCUUCAUGUAAUGAUGCUUUUUAGUUUUUGAAUAUAAAAGGAAAAGAGACAUGAAAAGAAAAAUGAACAAUUUGUAAAACAUGAAAUGUUUUAUUUGUUGCAUGUCUUUUUGUUCUUCAAUAAAAUAACGUACUGCAGUGUUUUGAAUGUUAACUUCUUUUUUAUAAGGAUUUCAGAGUGAAAUCAUGGAGCCUUUUUCUUGACAGGUUUUAACUUUUAAGAUCUCUGCGUAUGUAAAAAGAAACGAAAUGGAAAACUAUUGUCUUUUUCAUUCCAACUCAAAACCUUGUUUCUGUGGAGAAAAAUUGCGGAAAGGUGUAGGUUUUAUGGUCUCUUAAUUUGUA